UCUCUCUCGUGCGCGCGCACACCCACAUCCUCACGAGUGUCAAAGCGUUGAAGACAGAAGCUGCUUCUUUCCGCACUUUUUGGAAUAAAAACCGACUCAAGAAGCCCAUUUCUCAAGCAACUAAACCGAAUUUCUCUUCCUUAAAGACGUUUGUAUUUUUUUCCUCCUUUGGUUGAAUCUGAAAUCAAGUUUUUCGAUUGGAGAUCCAGUUUUUACGCAUUUCAAGGAGCAGCAGCAGCGCAGAGAAUCCGCGUCUUUUACUUUGUUUCCUCCACGAAUAAUCGGGAAUACUUUUGAUGAGCAACAACAAAAUGGGUUUUUUGGACAUCAAAUGGACUUAAUAUAUAAGCUUUUUUUUGUUGUUUGUUGGUUUGGAAAACAACGAGUCUUGAUUUCCCCCAAAGUCUUGUGCGCGCGUCACGGAGGUGUCCACAAUGUUGCGCGCAGAAUAGAGUCACCACAGUCCUCUCCGUGCUCUGGAGUUCCAGUUUAUGGGGGAAAAAAAUGAGAAUCCAGCGUCGAUAUUUGACAGAGUUUGGAGGCUUUUAAGAUCUGCUGCUUAAGGAGUGUCACCCUAUUCCCCUUCGCCAUGGCAUCUUACUGGAAGUAUGCUCCAUGUGGAAGAUGGUUCCUGACUUCCCCUCAUAUUUCAGUCUUCUCCGUCUGUGUGCAAUAGCACCGAGGCAGUGAAAUCUCCCCUUUGUUUAGGUGAAGUAUGACAGCAGCAGCAGCAGGUGUGCUCACAGGCUUGGCCAAGCUAAAGCGCCAGGACUCCGCCCGCUCUCAGCAUCGACCCGUACCACCUGGUUCGCCGGGCUUAGGAAACCCCUCUACUGAUCCUGCGCCUAGAAAGAGGAAGCGGCGCACUGAUGUGGUGGUGGUGCGGGGCAGGCUCCGCCUCUACUCGGCCUCUGGCUUCUUCCUCUUCCUGGGACUCAUCAUCCUGGGAAUAGGGAUCGGGAUGGCCACGCUGGGUUACUGGCCACACAAAAAAACCACACCCGCCGGGGGAGGAAAUGGCGUCAAACUUGAGAAAAAUUUGGCCAACACAAGCCAUAAUGUGCAAGGAACGCCUUCUAAGCAGACCGGGGGCCCCCUGAUGCAUUUCCUACAACAACAUCUUCACUCUGAGAGGAUGAAGAUGCUCGGACCUUUCACCAUGGGCAUUGGGAUUUUUAUCUUCAUCUGUGCUAAUGCAAUCCUUCAUGAGAACAGAGACAGAGAGACCAAGAUCAUCCAUAUGCGAGAUAUGUACUCCACAGUCAUCGACAUCCACCGCCUCAGGCAGAAGGAACAAAAACAUCACUAUCACCGCAACAGCACCUUUGCCCGAGAGUCGGCCGAUCUUCACGCUUUUGGAACUGAUGCUGCCGCGCGUUUUCCCAGCAACCCCCUCCUAGCAUUCUCCCCUUGGGGUGGAAGCGGAGGAGGAUCUGCGGAAGAGGAGGAGGUGUUGCUAGGGGAUGAGGAGUUUCAGAGACGUAACGAGCAGGAUAGAUUGGAUUGUAGCUUUGCAGGGUUGCUGGCUCCACUCUACAGGGAUCGUCCGUUUGGAGGUCCUGCGCUGGCCCACUCGGAUUCUGUGCGUCACCAGUGGUCAAUGGAUGGUGACGCGGAGAGAGGAGGACAUCACGCUGGCUCAAUCGUCUCUUCCUCCAUCUCUGCGUUUACACUCCCUGUUAUAAAACUCAACAAUUGUGUAAUUGAUGAACCAGAAAUGGAGGCAAUAACUGAGGAGGACAGAGGAGGAGAGGCAGUCGAUGGGGAGAGGUCAAAACCUCUCAGCUCCAUGGAGUCUCUGGUUGUGCCUGUAGCAUCUGUUGCAAAGGCCUCCAAACCCCCAGGCUUACAGCGGAGUAACUCUGCCUCCUCAUCAUCCUCCCGCUGUUCUUUCUUUUCCUCCUCCACGCUCUCUCCUGCUCCCUCCUCUACCUCAGGCUGCUGGCUUUCUCCAGGAGCAGCAAGGAGCGACUUUGGCUCUAAUACCUCCUUGCACAUGCUCAACAGUCACUCCAAAUCCCUGGACCUGGAGCGCGGCUCGAGCGUGCUGAGCGUCCACCAGGAGCAGAGGAAACACCCCAGCUGGCCCCGGCUGGACCGCAGCAACAGCUGCCGCAGUCACGCUGGGAACCGCGGCAGCAGUAAAGGCUACACGCGCCUGGAGGACAGGGAGGAGCAAGGAGAGCCGCGAACAGACGUGUCAGCGUGCAUGGCGGCGAGGCGCGACUACAGCAAACGUGAGAAGCUGCUAAUGAUAUCCAGGUCACACAACAAUCUGAGCUUUGAGCAUGACGAGUUGAAUAGUAGCACAAUGAAAAGAGGAAGCUCUGAGACUCAAUUCUGAAGACUCUGACGGGAACAAUGAAGAGGAAGCUCCAGAAACAUUUUAUAGAACAAUCUGUAUCAAUAUCAAUGAAAUGUUCACACCUCAUGUCUGCUAAAUGCUACAUUCCUACUGCAUCGGUAUGGAGCUAAAUUGGGGCCAAAAUUAUGUGAAACCCAAAUUAAACAUGUUGAAAAAUAAUAUUGGUGCUUGGCCAAAAAAAAUGUAAAAUGUCCUAAACUUUUUGCUAUUCUAAAAUAAACGU